UUUCAGGGCUCUAAGUGGAACUAUGGACGUUGGAUCCAGAAAGCUGCUGCUGCUGAUCCUGUUGUUGAAUAUUACAGUUUCAGUAUCAGGUAUCAAGGACGUGAAGGUGUCAUGCCAUCCUGAGAAGAUCUGUGCUCUGAGGGAGUCAUCUGUGACCCUGACGUGCUCUUACUCAAAUAUCACCAUCAUCACUGGCUUCUGGUUCAGCCUAAAGGACAAAGCUAAAUGGAGGAAGGAGGAACAUCCAGAGGAUUUAGCUUUAGACUCAGACUACGCAGGACGUGUGAGCUACACAGAGAUGACAAACUUCCGCUCGACUCUUACAAUAACAGACCUGAGAGAGAGAGACUCAGGGGAAUAUCGCCUCGUGUUCAUUACGGAUAAAGGAGAGAAAUAUCUGAGCUCAGCUGGAGUUACUCUAACAGUUACAGACCUGCAGGUGACCCACGACUCCACACAACAAACUCUCACCUGCCGCACUUCCUGUCCUCUGACCUCUUCUGUUCAGUAUAACUGGCACGAAAAUGGAAAAAUCUCUGAGAUAUACAAAGACAACAUGGAAACAUUCCCUUUAAGUAAAGCUGAAGAAGGCAGUUACUCCUGCUCUGUUGAAGGCUAUGGUACUAUUCUCUCUCUUCCAGUGUGUGUUGGCAGGAGCUGUUAUAGUGUGACCUACAGAGACAAAAGAGUCUGUGCUCUGGAAGGGUCUUCAGUGGAGUUUGCUGGAAAUUACUCACAUCCCAGUGAUCUGAGUGUUAGAGAAGUAUUCUGGCAUUAUAUUCAGAGUGGUAAAGACUCCAAGAACCUGAAGCAGGAAACACAGUUUACUAAUCGAGUUGAAUAUGUGAAACAAGACAAAAGCAGCACUUUGAAAAUGAAAAACCUGUCAAAGAAAGACUCUGGAGAAUAUCAACUUAGAUUCCUUAAUAAUGAUGGUGAAGGAUUCAUUGGUAAACCUGGAGUGAUUCUGAGUGUUACAGAUCUGCAGGUAAGAGCGAGUCGCUCUGCAGUGACAUCAGAAGGACAGACUACAGUAACGCUGAGCUGCAUCACCUCCUGCACUCUGUCUAACAACCCCACUUACAUAUGGUACAAGAACGGACAGCCUGUUACUGACAAACUCACCAAACACAUCAAGCUCUACCUGAACUCCAGUGAAGAUGCAGGAAACUACUCCUGUGCCGUGAGAGGACGUGGGGAUCUCCGCUCUCCUGAACUAACUGUGACAUGUGAGCCACAAAACUCAGAGAAUUCCACAGUGUUAAAGGUCAUCAUGGUGGGCCUGGCUGUCUUCCUGGCAGUAACACUCCUCUCAGGAGCUCUGUGGAUGUGGAAGAGGAAGUCGAGCUCAGCUAAUGGCCACAGCAGCACUGGCGAGAGUGGAAAGAGUGUUCCAAAGCCUGGAGAUGACACAUACACAGCACUGAACCCCAUGAAUACGUCCCCAGACUAUGACACUCUGCAAAAUGUUCAUGACUCUGCCAGUGACACUUACACCACUCUGAACCCUGCAACCAUGUCCUCUGAUUAUGAUACGCUGAGGGGUGUGGCUCCUCGACUCAGUGAGGAGAAGUACUCCAGAACUGCAGAAUGAGAACGGACAGUUGAGUUUGGUUAGUGACUUUACAUUCAGCAUCAUGAACAGCACAGGAAGGUGCUCAUGGUGAGAGUUUUAGGAUUAGAGUUGAGGAUUAGAGUUGAACGGCAUUAAGACGUCACAGCAAACUAAAGUCUGUCUUAAGUAAGUGUCAUUUGUUUAUGUUUUUCAAGCAGCUCCUUUAGAUUCUCAGGUGUCUUUCUGUACAUUAUAGAUAUGUUCCGCACUUAUAUAGCGCUUUUUAUAAUCUUAGCAGUUCUCCACUGUUUGUCAUUCACCCAUUCACACACACACACCAGAGCUGCCACGCAAGGCGCUAGCCAGCCAUCCGGUGCAACUUGGAGUUCAGUGUCUCGCCCAAGGACACUUCGUCAUGUGGAGUCAUGUGGGCCAGGAAUCGAACCUCCAACUCUUGACUGACCUCUGUUAAUCUCUGUUCAUGCUAACAUCGGAUUUAAUCACUUAAAUAUUAAUCAAUCAGUCAGUUCUGAUCUGAUCCUUAAAUUUCUUGUAACUUUCUUUUUUAUUCAUUUAGCGAAACAUUUCUACAACUUUCUUUUCUGUCAUCUGAUCCAGUAUUUGUCAUUUUCAUGUGUUGUAAACUGCAGUGAAAAGCUGGAUAAUGAUGAUGAUCAUUAAUAAUGAUGUAAGGAACAAAAGCUUCCAUCGAGAUGAAUUCUGCUAUGUCUGAUCCGUUACUGUCCAAUGUUUCAAAUGUUUUUAUGUACAAAAUUACAAAAUUAACAUUGUCCUUAUGAGCUUUUACAUGGCUGAACGCUGCACACCGAUUCAAAACCAUAAUAAACUUUUACACAACUUAAACACGCAGUAGAAAACGUUUUACAUGAUGUAUAGAGCAGGUAGAUCAGGGUCAUCUGUUAAUCAAUCACGAAGGUCUUCAACAGUAAAACCAGUAAAACAUCUGUUCAUAUUUUAUUUCUAAAAUGAAGUUUAGUAUUGACCUGGAUAAAUAAGUACUGCAUGACUGUUUGAGUGAAAAUAGGAUUAACGUACUGUACGUUAUGUACAAUCAUUGUUGUUUACCACCAAAUAAUGAACAAUAAACACUGAAUGGCCAUUUGAUUGAAACUAAAGCGUGGUGUCGGUCUUUUGCACAGUGCUGUACAUGCGUAAAGCGUUCACAGGGCAGCACAAAUGCAGUCUUCUGGGCUCUGAAUCUGACAGAAGAGGACAGAAGGACAGCUGCUCAAACACCAGUGAACCGUAGUUCAUGUUCCAAACCUUACACAGGCCACAUUAGGGCACAAUUUUACAUUACUUACAUUAUAUGGCACAGACUUGGCAUGGGGAUCACCCACAAUGCUUUGCUGAUGGUUGAUGGUUUUGAUUUUGCUGCAAAGAGAAGCGCUGUUCUGGAACUGAUGUCCACUGACUCUAGGGGUCAAACAGGGAACCACAUAGUGCCAGGGCUAAAUCCAGUGAGGAGGCCAUCGCUUAGGAGUAAGCCUCGGAUGAUACACACACUUCAUUAUGCAUGAGG